AUGUCUUCUGAUAGCUCGUUGGGCCAGUUUGUGGCAAGAAACAAGACUGCAAUUGUAGCCACAGUUGCAGCCGGAGCUACAGCUGUGGGAGCCUACUACUACUACCAUCAAUUGCAAGAAAGCAAAAGCCAAACUGAUUCGACCGGGAAAGACGCUAAGGACACCGAAUCGGAAGCUAAAAGCAGCAAGAAGAAAAAGAAAGGAAAGAAAAAGUCCCAAAGCUCAACUACACCAAGCUACCCAGUUGACGCUAAUGGGGAACCUGAUUUGAGUAAUUCGGCGGAGUGGGCUUCUGAGCAGAAAGAUAAGGUCGCUAUGGGACUUAAAGACAAAGGUAAUGAGUUCUUCAAAUCACAGAAGUUUGAGGAAGCGAUAAAGUUUUACACGUUGGCUAUCGAGGUUAAGGAAGACCCUGUUUUCUAUUCGAACAGAUCUGCGUGCUACGUCUCUUUGGGCCAACAAGAAAAAGUUGUAGAAGACACUACAGCCGCAUUGAAGCUGAAACCAGACUAUUCCAAGUGUCUGUUACGUAGGGCAUCAGCGAACGAGAGCUUAGGGAACUUUGCCGAUGCCAUGUUCGAUUUGUCCGCUGUGAGCCUGUACGGUGACUUCAAUGGCGCUUCAAUCGAGCCGCUUUUGGAAAGGAACAUGAACAAGCAGUCCAUGCUUGUUCUCAAGGAAAAGCUUGAAAAGCAGCAACCUCACAAGCUACCUUCCAACACCUCGCUUGCCUCCUUUUUCGGCAUUUUCCAAGCGGAAACCUCUUUCGAAAAUUACGACGAAUCUUCCGAAGCUGACCAGGCUUUACUGGAGGGUUUGACCAAUCUAUACAAAAGAACCGCUGGUGGGUAUGAAAAAGCUGAUGAGGACUUUAACAAAGCCAAGGAAGCCUUCCAGAAGUUGCUAGAACAGUCGCCAGAAGAUGCCAAUUUGAAGAAGAAGGCUGCCAUUGCCCUUGAACACGUUGGUAUCUUCAAGUUUCUGAAAAACGAUCCAUUAUCUGCCCACGAGGACUUGAAGCAAGCUGUGGAAUAUUUCCCAAGGGCCAACUCUUAUAUAUACAUUGCUUUGAUCAUGGCUGAUAAGGGCCAGAGCACCGAGUAUUUUGACAACUUCGAGAAAGCUUUGCAAUUGAAUCCCGCUUGUGCUGCCGUCUACUACCACCGUGGUCAAAUGUACUUUAUUACCCAGCAAUUCGACCUAGCUGGUAAGGACUUUGACAAGGCUAAAGAAUUAAAUGAUACCAACAUUUUCCCAUUCAUCCAGUUGGCCUGUCUCACUUACCGUGAGGGGAAGAUCGAGGAUAGCGAGACAUUGUUUAGCGAAGCCAGAAGAAGGUUCCCAACUGCCCCUGAAGUUCCCAACUUUUAUGCCGAAACCCUCGCCGACAAGGGCGACUUGGCGGGUGCCAGAAAGCAAUACGAGAUUGCUGCCAAAUUAGAAGAUGCUUUGGAAGGUAUUCACGUUGGCGUUUCUCCAUUGAUCGGUAAGGCUACUUUGUUGUCAAGAGAGGCAAGCGUAGAGAACUUUGUAGAAGCUACACAGCUUUUCGAAAAAGCUUGCAAGAUGGAUCCAAGAUCAGAACAAGCCAAGAUCGGUCUUGCUCAAUUGAAGCUACAGCAGGAGGAUAUUGACGAGGCGAUUGCUUUGUUCGAAGAAGCCGCCGACUUGGCCAGGAGUUUCGACGAGAAGUUACAAGCCACAACAUUUGCUGAAGCUACCAAAAUUCAAAAGAAGAUCAGAGCUGACCCUAUCGUGAGCGCUAAGAUUGAAGAAACUUUAGCUGCUUACCGCGCCCAGGGUAUGAUCUAA